UUGUAAAUUAUUUGUAUCAUCACCGUUACUUUGCUUGGUUGCCCAUGGAAAGUUGCAUAAUAUUCAAAGUGAUACAUUGCAUGGGAGAUCUCUACCUAAUGGACAUGUAAAAGUUAGUAUAGAUGUUGUUGUAGAGCCUGAUAUCUCCUUGCCAAUACCUAAUAUGGAUGAUGACAUAAUGACAAUAAGGCAAGCAAUAGGUACAUUUGUGGCAUGGCCAAUCAACCUCUUACAGGUUGCUGAUGCGGAUUCCACUAUAUCUAAAAAGAAAGGGGUUAAUAAUAUAAAUGACUCUAUUGCACCAAAAGCAAAAAAUCGAGGGAAGAUGGUUAUUCAACGUACCCCUCGCACUAUAAUUCGCCGCAAUCUUCCUAAAUGGUGCAACUACCUUUCUUUACACUUGAAAUUGAAGUCGACAGAGUCACUUCCUCCUAUAGAAAUGGAGAAAGGUAUAUUUGGACUUGAUGAACAUAAAGAAAUAGUAAAUGGAGAAGUUAUUGGAGAAGUUAUUGAUCAUGGAUGGCUGGGUGCUGCUACAAUUUCUAUAUAUAUUGGGUACCUGUAUCACACAAUUGUUAAGCCAAAUCAUAUGGUGUUCUUCUUAUCCCCUCAGUUAACAACACAUGAAUUACCUGUUAAAGAACGAAUGCAAAAAAAUAGUUAGUAUUUUUGUUGAUAAUGGGGUGCUUGAUAAGUUUGUUCUUGCACCAAUCAA